AUGACAGCGCUCUCCCGCAAUGAUUUCCUGAACUACAUGCGUGCCUUCAAUGCGCACGACUUUGAGACGCAAUACAAUUUUUAUGCCGAUGACGUCACACUACACAUCCCGGAUCCCAAGACCGGCAUGCUGCGCGGGAAAGAUGGCAUACGUGGGCAUUAUAUGCCACUAUUCGACGUUUGUGACGAAUAUGUCGUCCCCAUGGUUGUGAUGAACGAUGCACACAAGAUCUUCUUUAUCAUGGAGUCUUACUUUGUGUACAAGACGGCUCGUGAGGGCGUCUUUGGGUAUCCGGUUGAGGCGGGCGAUAUUAUCAAGAUCCGCGUAUGGGCAUACUACGAGGUGGAAAAUGGGAAGAUGCAGCGUAUUGUUUGCAACCUAUUUCAGAGCUGGUUCCUGGGUAAGGUUGAUAUCCGUGAGUUAAUUCGGGAAAGCGAGAGCCGGGCUGAGCCGGACCUGAGGAUUUUCAACUAUUAA